AGAAAUAAUUACAAUUUAAUUAUAAUUAUUCAGAAAUUAAUAAAGUGGAACAUUUUCGACUUCAGUAUUAUAAAAAACAUGAGUAGCGAUUUAAAAAACAAUCAUGGAUUUGUACUUUGUUGAGGUUGUAGAUGGUUGUCGAUGAACUGCACAAAAAGUAUGGCAGAAGUUUUUGUACAGUCAUACUUCCAAUAGAAGAAGAUCUACUGCUUAGUGACUUUUAGCCCUGAGCUCCUGUCCUCUAAAUCAUUCUCAUAACAGAGGAGAAAGUGCUGAAGAUCAACAACCCAUUAACACUUUUAACUCCUCUCAGUUGCUCCGACCUUCUCAACCAAUCUGACUUUUGUCUUUUGGGAGCAGAGGAAAAAGUAAUAGUUUUGAACACAAAUCACAAGAGAGAUUAAAAAGGGCCAAACUAAAAAUCUGCCGGUUAUUUUCUGACAAGUUUUAGAUGUAUGGAGCCGCAGGACUGGACUGGCUCGAUUCAGUGGACAGUUGUGGCGGGGUUCUGUGACCCAGCCUCCCUCUCAUGUUACGGCCCUAUUUAUAACAUCUCCCACCCCUAGUUUAGUCCCAGCCCAUUGCCCAAAAGCCCGGCCACUGUUAGGAAGCACCUUUCCCUCUCAGCUGGGCCGCAGUCUGCGCUAGACUGUCAACUGAGAUCCAGCUCUCCUCCUCGUCAUCAUCAGCUGCGGCUGCUGUUUUGCCGUGGUGCCUUGCAACUCUCAAUCGCAACGUGCAUGGGAUUAUCACACACACACACGUGUACUGACACACUUUUUUUCUUUUUCCUUCAUUUUUGUUUUUUAAGGAGACACUGUUUGAAGUGAGAAGCAACGGAGCAUUUUGUGUUUCUGCUGUUUUGUUUUUGGGAAGUUUUCUUGUGGUUUUUGUUUCACUAGCAGCUGGUUUCGUGCAUGCGAUGGAUCACACGCUGUUCGGCUGUUUGCGCAGCCCUCACGCCCCUCCGCAGUCCUUGCACCCCGCCUUUGCCCUUCACGGACGCUCCGAGCACCUCUCCUCGUACCCUGACCUCUCCACCUCAUCUCCUUCUUCUACCUGCAUCGUGAGCGGUUACCCAGGUGAGGAUGGGGGACUGUUUGGGGGACACGGGCAUCAGCGAGGGCUACCCAUGUCCCAGCAGCAUCAUCAUCAUGUACCCCAAACACAGCAGACCGGAUGGCACAUACCGCAGACGGCCAGUGUCUCUCCAGCAAGCGCCCGUCUAGGACUGGGGAUCUCGGCCCCUGAUUCAGGCUCUUCAGACAUGGGCCCCGGGGGCCCCAGCCUCUGCGCAAGCACACCGAGCCUUGGUGGAGGGGUGCCCUCGGGUGCCUCCUGUGUUCCUGGAGGGGAUUUCGGACGUCAUACGAUGUCUCCAGCCGAGGCGGAGAAGAGGAAUGGCAAACGAAGGAGUGACAGCUCUGAGUCCCAAGAUGGGAAUUACAAAUCGGAUGUGAGCAGCAAGCCAAGGAAGGAGCGGACGGCGUUCACCAAAGAGCAGAUUCGAGAACUGGAGGCAGAAUUUGCCCAUCACAACUAUUUGACCAGAUUGAGGCGGUACGAAAUUGCUGUAAACCUGGAUCUCACGGAAAGGCAGGUAAAAGUGUGGUUUCAGAACAGACGGAUGAAGUGGAAGCGAGUUAAAGGAGGUCAACAGGGGGCGGUAGUGAGAGAAAAAGAGCUUGUGAAUGUGAAGAAGGGAACGCUUCUUCCCUCUGAGUUUUCUGGAAUUCCUGGACUCCUCCAUACACCGGACUCACUAAUCAACAAUGAGGACAGCCACGGCAGCGACCAGAGCUCUGAGCACGCUCACUUAUGAUACAAACAGAUCCCAUCUGCCUUUCGAUGCUUAUCUGGGGUCAUGUUCAGUUAGAGAUUAUGUUAAGUACGGACUGAAAGUACACAAAGACUGUAUGUGCCAAUGAGGACGCCUUUCAGAGUAGUGACAGUGCUCACUAAACAUGUACAAAUGUACAUAGGACUGAUGUAUUGUUGUGCAUUUGGAUGAUACAGAAUAUGUGUGAUACUUUGGCAUCAGUAUUCACAAAGAAAAAGUGCCCUGCUAGUUUGACAGAAAUGUUUACAUGUUUGAAAGGUGCUUUAAAAUCCUACCUGUCAGCAAAGCUGAGUAGCAUCCCAGAUUUGUGUUGCUGUACACAGAGCCUAGGGACUUCUGUCAGGUCGUAUGGAUAUUUUUUGCAUGCUUUUUCCUAAAAUAAUCACUUACAGCAUCUAUAAAGAACCCUUCUACUGCUCUUUUACUUGAAAGACAGAAUCUAGCAGUCGAAUCUGCCUCAACAACAUUCCAUUCUGUUCUUGCAUUGAAAAGUGUAUGCUUGUCAGUUUCUGUGCCUUAAUUGAUUUCUACUGUAUGUUUUUGUACAAUGUUGAUGUCAUCGGAAUAAUGAUCAAUCAAGUGUGCAGUCAAAAACAUUUCAGAUAAUAUUAUGCCAUGUAAAUAUAAUAUAAAUAUUGCUAUUUUCAAAAAUUUGACAGCUGUAUCAUGUGCACACAAUACCACGUGCUUCAACAAUAAACUUUUCAUAUGUUGCUUGGUA